AUGAGCAGCAACAACCAACCAACAACAUCCUCUUCACCUUCCGAGGUUGAUGUUUUGAAACAAAGAGUGAAAGAUUUAGAAAAUGAAAAUAUAAAGCUUAAAGCAAAAAUUGAGAAGUUACAGAAUGCCAAUGCGAACAUUCAAUUGCAAGUGGAAGAAGAGGAAGAAUUGAUAACAAACAAAUUAAUGAAAAAAUUGAAUCGCUUGAAAAAGGAAAAGGAAACUUUGGCACAACAAGUUGAAGAGGAAGAAGAGUUACUCACAAACACUCUCCAAAAGCAGUUAGAGAAACUCCAGCAAGAAAAAACAUUUAUCGAAAAUCAAUUGAAACAAGAUAAGGAAUAUAUUGUAACAAAAUUAAGAAAGCAAUUAGAAGAUGUAUUAGCCGAGAAAUAUCAAAUUGAAAAACAAAUUGAAAAGGAAAGAAGUGAAGUUUUGAGUGGUGUUCAAACUAUUUUACAAAAUAUCAAAACAGAUCAAUCCAACAAGGAUGUUGUUCAGAAACUAAUAGAACAAGUAGAGAUAUUGAAUAGAGAACAACGAAGAUUGGCUCAUGACUCUGAAAAGUAUAGACAAAAGAAUCUUGCCUUGUUAAAGGAAUAUUCGAGAUUAGAAAGUGAAAACUUUAUUCUAGAACAAAAGAUUCUUAGAGAAAAGGAGAAGAGAAAAGAAAUUGAAUCUCAAAAGUUAAAAGAUGAAUUUGAUUUGGAAAUUUCAUCAGAAAGAGAAUUCAACCAAACCAUCAAAAACAAAUCAUUACCAUUAGUGAAUGAUGUUGAGAGAAGUAGAAGAUCGCAUUCUCUUCCACCUUCCAGUCAACCUCCAGAAAUUGUUUCACAACUUAAUCUCAGUCAACCUCCUGUGACAAGUCCAUUGAGAGGGUCAGGUCUUACUCCAAGGGGAAACAGUGUCGGCAAUAUUGAGCCAUACAUUUCACCAAGAAAACCAAGUUUUUCUCCUUCAAAAGCUAUUCCACAUUCCUAUGGAAUACCAAUUCCAGGAGCUUCUGAUCAUUCUCAAUUGAGCGGACUUUCUUCAUCACUGCCAACAAACAAUCACUUGAUGGGAUCAAGCUUUGCUGAGAGAUUGAGCCAAAUUGAUCCUUAUCAAACGAACAGAGGUCUGUAUAGUACUUCCCCACGACUUGGAUCGACAUCACCUGGUCAAAGUCGAAACAUUGAGUUUGUAAGACAAUCACCUAGACGUUAA